CUCACUAAAAUAAAAAUCACUGUUUCGUUUUACAAACGUUUUAUCUCUUUCUCUCUUUUUAUCUCUCACCCACCUCACAAAGAGAAAAGAAAAAAAAAAAUCUUUCUUGUUAUCAAAAAAUCUCUCUUCAAACUUUAUUUUCUCUCAUCUUCCUGAAUCUCCUCGAAACAAACCGUGAUUCCCAAGUUUUUUUGUUUCUCUUCCUUUUUAUUCUCCUUCUUAGUUUCAUUUUGAUGCGAAUAUAGAGAGAAACAAACCAAAACAAGAAGAGAAGAGAGAAACCAAAGGAAAUGAUAAUGGACGAGUAUAUUAACUUUAGACCAUUGAAGUACACAGAGCACAAAACAUCAGUGACUAAAUACACCAAGAAGUCUUCUUCACCGGCGAAAAAACUCUCCGAUCAGUCUCCUCCUGACUCUUUCAGAAAGGUUCGUAUCAGUUUCACCGAUCCUGACGCUACUGAUUCCUCUAGCGACGAAGACGAGGAAGAUUUCUUGUUUCCUCGCCGUCGAGUCAAAAGAUUCGUUAACGAGAUCACCGUCGAGCCUGCCUGUAACAACGCCUCCGCCGCUGUUUCGAUGAAGGAGAGGAAACGUCUCUCUGACGAGUCUCUUCAGUCUCCGGCUAAACGUCCUCUUAAAGUCUCCGUCUCCGGCCAGACGAAGAAGUUCCGAGGAGUUAGACAACGGCCGUGGGGGAAAUGGGCGGCGGAGAUUCGAGAUCCGGAGCAACGUCGGAGGAUUUGGCUCGGUACUUUCGAAACGGCUGAGGAAGCCGCCGUUGUUUACGAUAACGCUGCUAUUAGACUCCGUGGACCGGACGCUUUAACUAAUUUCUCUAUACCGCCUCAAGAAGAAGAAGAAGAAGAACCGGAACCGGUUAUUGAUACUAAACCGGAAAUCAACAUUACGACGACAACCACGACGACGACAACAACAUCGAGUUCUGAAUCAACUGAAGACUUCCAACACCUCUCAUCUCCUACUUCUGUUCUCAAUCUCCAGUCCGAAGAGAUUCAACAAAUACAACAACCGUUCAAAUCAUCUAAACCGGAACCGGAGAUAUCAGAAGCACCUUGGUGGCAUACCGGGUUUAGUACCGGUACAGGAGAAACAACAGACGACUCGUUUCCAUUGAACACUCUGUUCCUGGACAGCUACUUCAACGAGUCGCCACCGGAGAUGUCUAUAUUUGAUCAACCGAUGGGUCAUCAUCAAGGCUUUUAUGAAAAUGAUGAUAUCUUCAGUGAUAUGAUCUUGGAAAGUGAAAGUAUCAUCAACAAUGAUGAUGAUGACUUGAUGACAAGUUUUAGUGAUUUUGAUGAUUCUUUGAUAUCAGAUCUAUUAGUUGCUUAACAUGAUGAUGAUGAUGAUGAUGAGAGUGAUGAAGAUGGUGCAAGAAAAUAUCUAUGGUGCGACUGAAAAAUUUUGAUGUUCUUUUUUUUUUUUUUAAUUUUCAAGUUCAUGAGCUUUUUUUAUAAUAUUUUAAUAAUUUAAUUUAGUGUUGUCAGGAGAAAGCUUUGUAAAACAGUUUUGGAGAAAUAGUGGAAAAAUAGUUAAUUAAUUUUUGUUUCUU